AUGGCGGCCGUCGCCCCGCGCUACCUCCCGCGGCCGCGGCCACGCCCCCCGCGGCCCUCAGUUUUGAAGCUUUUUAAAUUAUUACACAGAACCCGUCAAGAAGUUUUUAAAAAUGAUACCAGAGCCCUUGAAGCUGCAAGACAAAAGAUAAAUGAAGAAUUCAAAAAUAACCAAGAUGAGACAUCUGAAGAGAAGAUAAAUGAGCUUCUGAAAAUAGCUUCAGAUGUUGAAGUGAUUCUCAGAACUUCUGUUAUUCAGGCAGUUCACACAGAUUCCGACAAAAUAUUGCUCAUACCCAGGAAAGAUCUGCUACAAGACAACACUCCUUACUUUGAUAAACCAACAAAAAAGCAUGAAUCCUGAGGAAAAUAUGGCCCUCUCCCCAGAAGGUUAAUAUCCUGUAAUGAGAUCUCUGAAAACUAAUAGUGGAUACCUGUUUUAAAGCUAAAUUUUAAAACAGUAAAUAUUGUUACCAGGAAAACAGAGACUGAAACCAAGUCACCAAUUUUGUGUGCUGUGAUAUCGCCAUGCACUUCUUCUGUGGAAGAUACUAAUUCUUCCGCAGAACCUCAAGACGCACAGUUCUCUUAAAAAUACACUGCUGAAUUCUGUUACUUCAGUCAGCAGUGUUUUUAAUUAUGACAAUUGUCAGAGAUUGUUUCCUAGCAAUCCAGAGUUUUUUCAAAAAUAAAUAUAAAUUAAAUGCAGUUCUUAAUCCUGAUAAUACUUAUUUAUAAGGGUUUUGUCAAUCAUGCUGCUUUGAAGUAAUGAAAAACCAUCUUGUUGCACUUAGCAUUAAAUUUAUGCUUUGCACCAAAAGCAUGAUUUCUGAAGUUGUCAUUAAUUGUACACUGAUAUACUGUGAUGUUUGAGAG